AUGGCGUUCAACAAGCUCGUAUCUUUCCAGGUUGAGUACGCUCCGCAGUACCACCUAGCCAAGUACGUGUCGCCGCGCACGCGGCUUCAACUCGUCCACAUCAACAACAAGGCGUCCCCGCUGGUGCAGGGUUAUUUCGCGGUGGCGACCGAAUGUCCUACAGACUCCGGUGUGCCCCAUACGCUGGAGCAUUUGAUAUUCAUGGGGUCUAAGAAGUUCCCUUACAAGGGUCUACUAGACACUGCGGGCAACUUGUGCAUGUCUUCGACGAACGCGUGGACGGCAACGGACCAGACUGUAUAUACACUAACAUCUGCGGGCUGGCAAGGGUUCAAGAAGCUCCUUCCAGUAUAUCUAGACCACGUUCUUCACCCAACCAUCACGGAUGAUGCCUGCACGACUGAGGUUUACCACGUCGACCCAGAAGACUUGCAGGAGAAAGGUGUGGUGUUCAGCGAGAUGGAGGGUAUAGAGUCUCAAAGCUGGUUCAUCACUAUGCUCGAGAAACAGAGACAGAUGUUCCCUGAAGGAAGCGGCUACCGUUCUGAGACCGGCGGCCUCACCAGCCAGCUAAGACACUUGACCAACGAAGAAAUCAGGCAAUUCCACAAAGACAUGUACUCACCCGAGAAUCUCUGUCUUAUCAUCUGCGGUAACGUUCCUGAAGACGAACUGCUGAGCAUUCUGACUCAGUUCGAUGAAACGCUGCCUGAGUUCAAGGGCGACCGCCGCAGGCCCUUCCUCGACAGCAAAGAAUCUCAAAUUCCCGUCAAGAGGACGCAGACUAUUGAGACAGAAAUCGAAUUCCCUGAAACAGAUGAGUCCCAGGGUGAGAUUCUAAUGUCUUGGAUUGCCGAGCCCUACUCUUCGCACCUCGAAGAUCUUGCCGUCUCUAUAUUGAUGGACUACUUCACCAAAACUGCGCUUGCGCCUUUCAACAGCCAACUGGUUGAGAUAGAUGAUCCAUAUGCAAACUUUGCAGACUACUGGACAGACGACUUCAUGCGCACAAUCAUGAAUCUGAACUUUCACGGAGUCCCUGUCAAGCGACUGGGCGAGGCAAAGGAGAAAGUGCUUGACAUCUUGAAGAGCCACAAGAUUGAUAUAUCCCGCAUUAGACAGGUCCUUGAAAAUGGCAAAUGGGACUAUGUCAUGGACUGUGAGAAAAAUGGGUGUACGUUGCUAAGUCAAACGUGUAUAACAGACUUCCUCUACGGUGAUGAGAGCGGCGAGAUUCUUGAACAGAGCAUCAAAGAUCUGAAAGAUUUCGAUGUUCUCUCCAGCUGGACCGUGGACGAGUGGCAGAAUCUGUUGAAGAAAGUAUUCAUUAAAAACCAUCCCGUCAUCGUUCUGGGGAAACCAAGCAUGGAGCUUUACAAGCGCUUGCAGGACGAGAAAGAGGAGAGAACCAAGCAAGCGGAACAGAAACUGGGAAAGAAGGGCAAAGAGAUGCUCAAGGAAAGGCUUGAAGAGGCCAUCCGCCACAACUCAGUUGAAGUACCAUCUGAUCUUCUAAGAGAAUUCGUGAUAGAAGAGCCAGAGAAAAGUGUGGACUUCAUCAGCACAGAAGGUGUGUCCACUGUUUCCAGCACAAAAGAGGUCACAGAGAGCCCAUUGGCUCAAAGAAUCCUGAAGUCUAAGCCAGAAAACUUUCCUUUCUUCCUCCGCCUGGAACAGUUUCCAUCCCAGUUUAUCGAACUUCGUGUUUUGCUGAACUCGGCCAAAGUCAAGGAUGUCACUCUGCUUCCUUUGUACCAUGUUAUCUGUGAAUUGUUCUCCAUGCCUAUGAAAGCUGAAGAUGGAUCUAUCAUCAGCUUUGAAAGCGUGGUCUCAGCUCUAAAAUCGGAAACUGUUGACUCUCAAAUAUCCUUGGGCCCAAGCCGGAGUUUUCCCGACUUGCUCGAGAUCCAGAUUUCGUGUAAGAAUGCGGAUUACGAAAACGCUGUAAAAUGGAUUAAGCACUGCCUCUUUGACAUGGUAUUUGAUGAAAAGAGAGUGCGCGUUUUGCUUGAAAAAUAUUUGAGCUCCAUUGUUGAAAUCAAAAGAGAAGGCGAAUCUAUGGUUCGUUCUUUGUUCGAUAGACACUUUUAUACCGCAAGAACAAUGAAGAAAUCAACAGAUGCAUUGUUCGUGGAAGAAAUAAUCGAGGAUAUAUUGGACGAUAUUGAUGACGGAAAAUUUAAAAAGGAAGUAUUGCCUCAGCUGAAUGCAAUGAGAGAUCAAAUGGUUGCCGACCUGCACUCUUACCAUAUUUUGAUAUUUGGUGAUAUCGAAAAGCUAAACAAUGUUUAUGAGCCUUGGCUGCCCGUAGCUGCCAGAGCAAGCAAGGGAAAAUCUGCUAUUACUGAUGUUCCUCCUGUCCCUCGCCUAAUUGAUUGCCUUUCUCCUCUCGGGAACCAUCCUAAAGGUGUUGCUCAUAUUAUCACAACACCUGCAUCUGAGUCAUCAUAUAUGACAACUGCAACUAAGCUUGAUCUUGGCAAUGAUUAUUCUCACCCAGACUAUGCGACUUUAUGUCUAGCUGCUGAAUACUUGGAGUGUGUCGAAGGGCCAUUUUGGAAAGGAAUCCGUGGCUCGGGUUUAGCUUACGGGGCAAAUAUUGUUAAAAUGUCCGAAUCCGAUGCAAUUGGGUUUUCAGUCUAUCGCGGAGCAGAUGUCAUUGAAUGUUACAAAACUGCAAGAAAUAUAGUCAACGACUAUGCCUCCGGCAAAUGUGAUAUUGAGCCGCAAUUACUACAGGGUGCUAUGAGUAGUAUUAUAAAUGGAAUUGCAACAGCUGAAUCAGAUUACUUCUCAGCCGCAUUGAUGAAAUAUAUUGAUGACUAUUGUCGGAAAAGAGGUCCAGAUUUCAACCAGGCUUUCCUGCAAAGGUUAGGGAUGGUAACUGUUUCUGACAUUCAAGCAGCGCUCGCGAAGUAUUUCACAAGCAUCUUCGACGCCAACACAUCGAGUGUUUUCAUAAGUUGUCACCCUGGAAAGCUUGAAACAAUACAGGCCUUUCUUGAGAAAGAGGGGUACAAAGUUAUCGUCGAAGAGCUGGAGGAUGAAAGCGACGAGGACAGUGAAGCUGAAAGCGACGAGGACAGUGAAGCUGAAAGCGACGAGGUGAGUACAAAUGAGAGCGAAUAA